AUGUACUACGCCUCAGUGUCAACUCCAUAUGGUGACCUAAAGACGCGCCAUUUCCAGGAGUUUUGCGCUAUCUGCGGCUACUUGAAGAGCAUUGGCAUCCAGGGGGUUCAAUCACAAGCCCCACAGCCGAUGCAUUUGAGCAUUCUCCCUGAGAAUUGUUACAAAUUCCACACCUUUUCCAGUUACGGCCCCAAUGAAGCGCCUCGUGGAGCGGUUUUUAUCGGCAGGCUACCCGUCGACUACAUCAGCUGCAGCAGUUACAAUGACCCUAGGAUCAACAGGGACGAGAUAGACAUGCUAAUCCACGAGACGCUCUUCGAGGCAUCUACCCAUAAUAUGGCAUCACAAUUCUCAUUGUCCAUCUGGAGAGCCGCUGAUGACCGGGUGCAGCUUUACAUUAGUGACUACCACAACAAGUAG